GAGAAUGUAAAAGAUUGGGAAUAAAUGAAAAUGAUUUUAUAUGCAAAUACAAACCAGAGAAAGCCAGUCAGAAUUAUAAAGUAGUUUUUGUUUACUGAAGCAGUUGUACUGUUGUGACAUCUAGAUGUCAAGUAUGUUUACUAAUGGGGAUGAUUAAUCAGCUGUUUAUAUUUUAGUUGCAGCAUAUUUUUCUGUGGGUGUAUAAAAUAAUAUAUAAUAUUGUUUGAAAAUUAAAAAACAAAAUGAAACACGCACAAUUCAUUGCUCGUACCGUAAUGGUACAAAAAAAUAAUGUUGAAGAAGCUUGCCGCUUAUUAAAUCGUAUUUUGGGUAAAGAAGAAAUAUUUGAUCAAUACCGGCGAACACGCUUUUAUGAAAAACCAUACCAGGUACGACGUCGCGUUAACUUCGAGAAAUGCAAAGCAAUCUACAAUGAAGAUAUGAACCGAAAAAUACAGUUUGUACUACGCAAAAAUCGCAGUGAGCCAUUCCCAGGAUGCAGUUAAUUUGCCAUUAGUAAUAUAUAGUGAAAACAAAAAUAAAAUUAAUGUGUUGUUAAAAAACCUUUUCAAUUACAACAAUAA